AUGUUCCCUCUCUUUGGCGAUGACCCUUCCGGCAAGCGCAGAAACAUAGACCUUGGAGGCGACAGAGCCACGGCUGCAUUCUCCGACAUCCUCAAUGACGCCAAGAUACAACGCUCGCAGCGAUUGGAACUCAAGCGCAAACAGGACAGCGCCGUCCGCAUACAGGCGUGGUGGAGGGGUAUAACACAACUACGCUCUGUCCGGCAAGAUCUCCGACGUGCGUUUGAGCAGGAUGUCUCAGGUAUCCGAGGUCUCAGAUGUCUCGUCCUCCUCGGCCAGGAUCAGCACGCCCUCGGUCUCUGGUCCACUACCGUGUCCGGCCGCGCGCAGGGUAAGUGUCAGAACAAAACGCAAGCCUCGCGCCUUCAUUCUGCCCCAGAUAUCCUCCAUCAUUCUGAGGAAAACUGGUGCGUCCUCCUCCGCAAGACAUCCUCGAUGCUUCUCCGAUCACUGGCAACCGACCCUCAAUCUCAGUAUGCGGUGUCCCACCUGAAUGUCCUUACCCAACUCCUCUCAAACACUCCUGCCGCUCCAGAGUACGUCCAGUACUUGCUCCGUCAUGGCUUCUACCAGCUUCUGGGGCAGGCGUUGGUGCAAAUCCCCGUCGAAUCCAAGGCUUCCCCGAUCCUGCCGCCACUUGUAUCGUUACUAACCGUCCCAUUAACCCACUCCGACCUCCUGCAAGUCUGUCUGCGAGAUAUCGUCGCUCACAUCCUCACAAUCCCUCUUCUUCCCAACCGCCUACCACUCCAGUCGCUCACCCUCCUCUCCGCGCGCCUUCCAAUCUCCUCCUUCAACCUGAUAUCUUCGUCCAUCUCAGAUAUCGUCGAUAGCUCCCCACUGUCGGCAGUAGAACCCAAGAUUCAUCUGCUUGCCAACCUCGUCAUGUUCACACCACCGCGCUAUGCCAAGCUAACUGCCACGGCGCUCGAUACAUACCUACAGCUGACCGCUAUGCUCAUGAACGCGCUGCCCACACGUGCGCUAGAGCCACCGUUACCGAAACAGGAUCCUGCGCGAAGUUGGGCGGACGACGACGACGAUUCGGAUAACGAGAGCACGCCGCAGGUAACGGUAGUGACGUCGUUCGACAUGAAUCCUGCGCCCCCACCCUUACCCCAGCUUGACAAGCGCACACUCACACGCCUGCAAACGUACCCAUCGGUACAGCAUCUGACGUCGUUGCUGUCAGCAGUGCAGCACCAUCCGUCGCGGCUGAGCUUCAUCGCUUUCUGUUUCGCACUGACGACAGUAUGGCCGGCCAAGCGAGACAAAGUGCUCGGUACGGUGGUGGCCUUCAAUGGAGGCGGGCUCGUGCGCGAGGUCUAUCGGUUGUAUGUUCGCAGUUCGCCAUUGGGGCGAGACGAACAGUCAAGCGCGGUGACGAAUCCAGACUAUGCGGAGGCGUGGCCACCAUUACUGUUCCUUGCAGAUCUGUACACGCAGGCGCUACUAACAAUGGGCGAUGAUGAGUUCUUCGCCCCUGCGGGGUCGGGGGGCGCAGGUGGCGCGCGCAAUCCGCUGACGCUUGACGAGCUAGUUGUGUUUUCGCGCAAGCUGCUGAACAUUGCGUUCGUGCUGUACUGGCGCGAGGACCCAUCGAGCGUGCAGCAGGAUGGUGUUCCAGGGCUCGGGGCCGUCAAAUGGGAAACGGUGCGGGAUAAGCUUACCAAGUGCUUGCAGGCGAUCCACGCCAGAGAGUAUGUAUAUGCAUUUUGGAGUCAGCUUGCUUGA